UUAAAGAAAAACUACCAUCACAAAAAAGACAAGACACCACUCAAACAACUGAACAAGAAGCUGUUACUGAAAGUUUUAAUAUUGCACAACCUCCUAUUAUUACUAUGGAAGUUAACAAAACAUCUGACACUACACCUUUACCUCUUGAUAAAGAGAAAACUAAAGAAACUGAUACAGUUACUAAAACUAUAACCAAUAACAAAAAAGAUGAAAUGAACGUUAACGGUCCUUUUGACGUAUCUGAAAAUACUAUUAACACUACUUUAGUAGCAUUUGCUAUGCCACUCCUUAGUGCUGAAAAAUUUUUCGCAUAUUUUCCACUUGAAAAAUACCCUAGAGCUAACUUCCAAUAG